AUGUCAGAGAACCCAGAAUCAUCUAAAGGGUCAACUCCUAAAGUUGAAGGAGCCGAAAAAGUUAACAAGCCGCCAGUCAAAAAAGGAUGGUCGAAUCCAGCAUUAAGAAUGAUGGGAAUUCCAAGAAUAUCAUUACCCUCUAGGAAUUGGAUGAUUUUUUGGACUUUACUUGCCAGUGUUGGUGGGGGUGUAGCAUAUGACAAAUAUCAACAAAAGCAAAUAAGAAAGAAAUGGAUGGAAAAGUUUAGACCUUUAGGAGAAGAAGCAUACAGAUCGGAUAGAAUACCAAGAAAAUUAUCAGUUUUCAUAGCACCACCUCCAAACGACUACUUAGAUUCAUCGAUGAUGUAUUUCAGGAAGUACGUUAAGCCUAUAUUAAAUGCUAGUGCCAUUGAUUUUGAUGUUUUCACGGAGAACAGACAAGGUGAUAUCAGGGCAGCUGUCGCAGAGAGAAUUAGAGAAUUAAGAACCGAGACUAUUGAAAACGCCAAAAAAGCCCGCGAAGAAGCGAUACAGAAGCAGUAUGAUGUAUCAUGGACGAAAUUUUUCAAGCAAGAUGUUCCAAACUUUUUUGCUCUGAAAUUUCAAAGAAAUUCCAAAGAGGAAGAAGUUUUAAUCAACAGUAAUGACUUGUACUCACCAAAGGACGUAUUGGGCUUUUAUUACUUGAACGAACCAAUUGAAGCUAAAAGAGAGGAUGAAUUGAAUCCGUUCGAAGCUGGUGGGGUUAUUUGUAUCGGAAGAGGUGCAUACAAAGAAUAUAUGACCGGGGUCCAUGAAGGAUUAUUAGGUCCAUUAGAAGCACCAGUAGAAAUUAAAACGAUCCCAGAAGCUGAUUCUCAACUGACUGAAAACGAAAUUAAAACGAUCACUGAAGCUGAUUCUCAACUGACUGGAAUCGAAAUUGCAACCGCGCAGACCAACGACGAAUCGAGAACAGUAACAGAAUUACCAGUGGUACCAGUUGAUUCCGAAUCACCAUCUAGCAAUGUGAGCGCACAAGACAAUGUACCAGAAACUCCAUUAGAGACAGAAGAAAAAACUCAAAAUACAGAUGAAGAAGAAGACGAAAAACCAGUACCCAAGCCAUUCAUUACUGCGGACGAAUAUCCUACAGCAGUCUAUGCACCAGAGUUCCAAAACGAAACUCUCAUCAAGAAUAAAAAGAAUGUUCCAGUCUUAUUUGAACAGCCUGUUUACGUAUUUCCAUUGCCAAUUAUAUCUGGAUUUUUGAACACUCACCGUAAGAUAUAUGCAUUUUUCACAAGAAGGAAUGUUGCCGAAGACUUCGGCGUUAGAACUUCUGCUGUUGUGCACAACGUAUCGAGACCAUUUGUCUAUAAGGACCAGUUUAUGGCUAAGGAAGAGGAAUUGGAAUGGCCUAAGAAAUGGGUGGCUACUGGUAAAGAAAAGAAUUCUGAAUGGGUCCAGGAGUUAGUGACCGACGAAAGAGUUACAGCAAGAAUGAAGGUGUUUGAUGUCCUGUUAUUGGAUGCAAAGCCGAUUGAUAACACAAUUGAGAAGCCAAAGACUAACGAAUAG